AUGGCUGCCAAGCUUUUACAUUCAUUGACAGAUGAAAAUCCCGAUUUGCAAAAGCAAGUAGGAUGUAUGACAGGCAUAUUUCAAAUGUUCGAUCGCCAUCAUAUUCUUACAGGACAGCACACCCCAAAGAGGAUUCCUUCGGGAAAUUCCCACUUCAAUAAUGGCAACUAUGAAAGAGACUAUAACAGUGUGCAUCAAAGAUCUGUGAUGGAGAAGAACUCAAACAAGAAUUUCCGAGAGAGACAAAGACUCUCCACAGAAUCUUCGAGGGCUUCAUUUUCAUCUUCUUCUCGUUCAUCUUCUUUCUCUUCUCUUGACUGUAAUCGAACUACUCAACUAGAACCCUCGUCGUAUGACCGAAUACUUUUUCCUGAAACUCCUUCAAGGGACCCAUCAAUGAGCCCACAAACAUCGUCUUCGCAAUUUAGUAGACAAACUCUUGAUCUUCGUGAUGUGGUGAAGGAAUCCAUGUAUAGGGAAGUUCAGGGCUUAUCUGUUAAAACUAUGCAGGAGGCAGCAGAUCCUGUUUUGAAGUACAGGGACUCCCCAAGGCCACUACAAACUAUUAGCAAUGAUUCUCAUGGCUCAGGCCUCGAUACAAAGAAGAAUUUGCCUGCUGAUCUCAGGGAAUCUCUUAGAGUUCUUUCUAAACUUCAAGAAGCACCUUGGAAUCAUAAUGAACCAAGAGAACUUUUAAGAGUAUCAUCCUAUAAUGUGAAAGAUGGGUCAUCCUUUUCUGUUUCAAAAGAUGCCCCUCGGUUUUCUUAUGAUGGGAGGGAGAUGAACCACGGGCACUUUGAAUCACAGGACAUUUCAAAAUCUACCAUUAAGCUUAAAGAUCUUCCAAGACUUUCAUUGGACAGCAGAGAGGGUUCCAUACGGAAUAUGAGUGCUGAUUCAAAAUCCAACUUUUCAGCAAAAAGUUGGCAGAAGGAUGGUGGUGAGUUUGAUAGUAAGGUUCAGAAUUCACAACAGACAUCUAGAAAUCAGGCACGACCUCCAAGUGUUGUAGCAAAGCUGAUGGGUUUGGAAACACUGCCAGAAGCUGGCUCAGCCAGCAACACUAACUCGGGUUCAAGUAGAAUUUAUCCAGGUGAAGAUUUUGUUUACUCUUCGAGGUCAAGUGAAAACUUGGAUCUAUGCAAGCCGAUCCAACUAUCCUCAAUGAACUUGAGGAAGGAACCAACUUCGCCACGUUGGAGAAAUCCUGAUACAGGAAUGAAACCUAUAUCACGAUUUCCGAUUGAACCAGCACCAUGGAAGCGGAUUGAUGGAAAAAGGGUCUCUCAAAAACCAGCUUCUACAAGUACGAGAGGUCCAGGAAAAGUUCCGAACACCUUUCUUUCCAUUUAUAGUGAGGUAGAGAAGAGAUUGAAGGACCUUGAAUUCACAGAAUCUGGAAAGGAUCUUAGAGCACUUAAACAGAUAUUGGAGGCUUUGCAGGCCAAGGGACUCCUGGAAACCCAAGAUGUAGGACAAGAUUCCAGUUUAACCAGUCAUAAAGACCGUGAGCAAAAAUAUACAAGUUCCACGUAUGAUGCUAGAUCAGCAAACAGCCCAAAGCCACAAUCUGAUAAAUUUCUUGCGUCCACCAAGAAUGAUAAAUCCUUGAAAAGUUAUGAAUCUCCAAUUGUAAUCAUGAAACCAGCACAACUAGUUAAGAAAUCUGAUAUACCUUCUUCAGUUAUUUCACUUGAUAGCUUAUCUGGUCUGCCCAAGUAUCGGGUAAGUGAGUUUGUGGAUGACGGAAAGGGUUUAACCCGUAGCAGAAUAGCUAAAGAUCAGAUUUCUAAAACUAGUCCUCAAGACAAUGCUUUAAAUGCUGUCAAUUCGAAAACAGACAGCAGAUUUUUAAGAACUACCCAAACGUCAACAAGAUCCCAUCAGUUGUCCAAAGAUAGCUCUGCUGGCUCAGGAAAGAGUUCAGCAUCAUACUGUCCAAGAAUACAACAGAAGAAACUGGACCUGGAAAAAAGAUCUCGACCACCCACACCUCCCAAUUCGAGCAAAUCGACAAGACAAUCAAUUAAGCAACCAGGACAGUCCAAUUCCUCAGGUGGAAGACGCAGGCCAAAACAUCCCAACUUACAGCAAAAGGAUGACCAACUGGGUGAGUUCAGUAGUGAGUCGAGGAAUUUGGUUUACCGUGAUAAUGAAAUUUCUGUUCAUUCUAAUGAGAGCACUGUAUUGCACUCCAAAAAUGUGAAAGCCAUUAGUCCCGAAAGAUCUCAUGGUUGCCAGAGUGCAUCUGUGAAGGCUGCGGAGUUCUUGGUAUCUGGCAUUGUAGAUAAGAAAUCUCCCCAUAAUGUGAGGGAAGAAAAAUCGGGAGAGCUUGCUCAUGUUCCUCCUGAGUACCCCAGCCCUGUAUCUGUUCUUGACAAUGCUUUGUAUGCAGACGAUUCAACAUCACCUAUAAAGCUUGUAGGUAAAACCCUUAAAGGGGACAGAUCCAUGGAUUCCGAUAGAAUUCUAAAUAUGGUUCAAGGUAUUUCAGUGGAUGAUGUUGUACCUAACUACAUGGAAUCUGGUACUACAUCUGAAAUAUGUCGAAAGAAACUUCAGAACAUUGAAAACUUAGUUCAGAAGCUCCGAAGGCUUAACUCGAGCCAUGAUGAAGCACGCAUAGAUUACAUUGCUUCUCUAUGUGAGAACACAAAUCCCGAACACAGAUACAUUUCCGAGAUUCUAUUGGCCUCCGGUCUCAUCCUCAGGGACCUCAGCUCAAGCUUGGCAACUUUUCAGUUUCAUCCGUCUGGCCAUCCUAUCAAUCCCGAGUUAUUUUUAGUCUUGGAACAAACAAAGGCAAGCACUUUACAAAAGGAAGAAUGUAGCUCCGUAAAAACAACUGAAUCGAUGACCAAGGAGAAAAUUCAUCGGAAACUUGUAUUUGAUGUUACAAAUGAAAUUCUUGCCGGAAAAUUGGCUUUAGCUGGGAAAUUGUCCCAGCCUUGGUUGAAACCGCACAAGGUCACCAGAAAGGGCUUGAAUGCACAAAAGCUUCUCAGAGAAUUGUGUUCCGAGAUUGAUGAGCUUCAAGAUAAAAAUUCACGAUGCAUCUUCAAUGAUGACGAUGAUGAACUGAAAACCAUAUUGUGCCACAAUAUGAUGCAUCAAUCAGAAAGCUGGAUAAAUUUCGACGAUGACAUUUCAGGCAUUGUCCUUGAUGUUGAGCGGUCGAUUUUUAAAGACUUGGUCGAUGAAAUUCUGGGAAAGGCAGCUGGUUCAAGAACUAAGCCGGCUAGGCGUAGGCAACUCUUUGCAAAGUAG